CGCGCGGGCUGCUACAUACCUUCAUCUUGCGACUACGCACGCACCUUCUCUGCUAUUGAUAUUGUGCGAGUAAACCUAGCUCAAGCAGAGAUAGAUGGCUGCCAAUACACCCACAACUGAUGGAACUGGAGGACAGUCAGCGAUGGACGAACGGAUCCUGAAAGCAGCCACCUCUGGUAUUUUCUGGGACAUUGAGGUGUUGGCUACAAAGAGUCCAAGCAUUCUUCUUGGAGUAACUCCGCAAGGGAACAACUGCCUCCACAUAUCCACCAUUCAUGGGCACGAAGAGUUCUGCUUGUAUGCGUUGGCACUAGAGCGUUCUCUCCUUGAGAAUGUCAACUGCGAGAACGAGACUCCGCUUGUAAUUGCUGUUUCACUUGGCCAUGCCUCUUUGGCUUCUAAAUUGCUCCAGCAAUGCUGUGGAAGACCACGAUUGAGUCGAGCAAUCUUGCAACAAGACAGGUAUGGAUUUAAUGCACUGCACCAUGCUAUUCGCAACGGCCACAAGCAACUUGCGCUAGAUUUGAUAGCAGAAGAGCCUGCCCUGUCAGGAGCUGUGACCAGAUACAAUGAGUCACCCAUGUUCAUCGCCGUGAUGAGGAAUUUUGUAGAUGUUUUGGAAAACCUACUAGACAUUGUCGAUUCUUCUCAUAUGGGACAGUAUGGAUGCCAUGCUCUUCAUGCUGCAGCUAGAAAUGGAAAUAAAGAUAUUGCUCUCCAAAUUAUGAAGAAACGUCCUCGCUUGGCCACAGAAGCUGACUGGGAUGGGAUAACUCCAUUAAGAAUGGCUAUAUCUUAUAACAAGGUUGAUGUGCUACAAGUAUUGCUGGAACAGCGUUCUUCUUUAGCCUAUGAAACCGACAAAGAUGGCUAUCCUCUCCUCUAUUCUGCUGCAACUCGGGGUCAAGUUGAUGUUGCUCGUGCACUUCUCAAAUUUUGUCCAGAUGCUUUCUAUUGCCGUCUGGUAAUUGAAAAGAGUCCAAUAAUUGGAGAGAGUUCAUUAAGUGGUGAUACCUUGACAUGCCUUCAAAUAGCUGUAAAAAAUGGCCAUCUGGAGUUUGUCAAAUUUAUCUUGCAGACACGACAACUUCGGAAACUUAUUAACAUGCAAGACAAGGUUGGAAGAACCGCUCUACAUUACGCAGUCGAGCAAUGUGAUCCUAGACUUGUUGCUGCUUUAUUAUCUCAUGGGAGUAUAGACCCAACAAUUUUGGACAACCGAGGGAAUUCAGCGGCUUCGCAAUUGUCGAGCAUCACAAUUGUUGACAAGACUUUGGACUGGAAGGAAGUGCACGUUCUCAUGUCAAAAGCUGAUCCCAAUGAUGAUGACAUCUCCUUGUAUAAUCUUCGCAAGGGGGCCAAGAAACAGGAAAAUAUUAGAUCAAGGAGGCAGAGAGAGUCAAUGACGCAAAAAUACAGAAGCAACACAUCAUUAGUGGCAAUCCUCCUUGCAACAAUCACCUUUACUGCUGCUUUCACUCUACCCGGAGGAUAUAGCAGUGAUUCUGGAAAUGCGGGACUUGCCACCAUGUCUGGAAAGGUUACAUUUAUAGUAUUCUUGAUCUUUGACACCUUAGCAAUGUGCUCUGCAUUUGUUGUUGCCUUUAUAUGCCUCAUGGGAAAGUGGGAGGAUGAUAAAUUCACAACCUGUUACAUCUUUGUAACUAAGAAGCUCACCUGGUUUGCAUACUUGGCAACAGUUACGGCUUUUUCAACUGGAUUGUACACGGUCCUGGCGCCACGUAUCCACUGGUUGGCCAUUCUGAUUUGCUCUCUGGUAGCUUUUUUCUUCAUUCUUACUAUUUUUAUAGCAAAAUGGCCUUCCUUGAAGCUCAGUUUUCGGUUGGGUCAAACUUGGCAUGACUUGGAGCUCAAAUUUCUGCAAUGGUUUGACCUCCAAUUCCAAUUUCAGUAACAUGGCCUGAC